AUGAAGAAUGGAACUAUUACACUCGGCCUCACCAUUACAGACAAUGGUCCUGGGUAUGCUUUUAUAAAGGGAAUAAAAGUUGAUAGCCUUAUUGACUCAGUUAAAACAAUCUGUGUGGGAGAUCAUAUUGAAUCUAUGAAUGGAGAAAAUAUGGUUGGAUCGUAUCAUUAUGAUGUUGCCAAGAAAUUAAAGGAAUUUCAAAAGGAGCAGCAAUUUGCCUUGAAGUUAAUAGAACCUAAGAAGGCAUUUGAAGUAGAGCCAAGGUCAGAAGGAAAAAUUGGUACUGGAAGUAGGACACUUAGACUACAAUCUAAAGGUCCUUCCAGCAUGAAGUAGGGCCAUCUGGAAAUGAACAAAGGCAAUGAAAAGAUUGUUGACCUGCUUGAUUUGCACUUGGGAAUCCGAGAUACUGAUUUAGCUACCACGCUGUUUGAGGCUGGAAAGGGCAAAGUUCAUCUGGACGAAUUUGCGGUGGCACUUGAUGAAACUCUUGGGGACUCUGCAUUCCCAGAUGAGUUUGUCUUCGAUGUGUGGGGAGCUAUUAGUGAUGCCAAACGGAGACGGUUAUGA